AUGCUACUAUAAAAACUCAUUCAUUUCUAUGUUUUCAGCAAUAGAAGGAUUAUUAGAAGGUGGAUACAUUCAAAAUGUCAAUACCAAGGCUUGUUUUUGUUACAUGUAUUUUUUCACUAGGUGAAAUUGCUUUAGCAGCUAAGCUUGUUACCUAUAUCUUUGGUGAUUCUUUAACAGAUGUAGGGAACAAUAAUUUUUUACAAUAUUCUUUGGCCAAAUCUAACUUUCCUUGGUAUGGAAUUGACUAUAGUGGUGGCCAAGCUACUGGAAGAUUUACCAAUGGAAGGACUAUUGGAGAUAUCAUAUCUUCAAAGCUUGGAAUUCCAUCACCACCAGCUUAUUUGUCAGUGCCUCAAAAUGUUGAUGCCCUACUCAAAGGGGUAAAUUAUGCAUCUGGUGGAGCAGGAAUUCUCAAUGACACAGGACUUUACUUUCUUCAGAGAUUGACUUUUGAUGAUCAAAUCAAAAGUUUCAAGAAAACUAAAGUAGCAAUAACAGCAAAAUUGGGUGAAGAUGCUGCUAACAAGCAUUUCAAUGAAGCCACAUACUUCAUUGGGAUUGGCAGCAAUGAUUAUGUCAAUAAUUUCUUGCAGCCGUUUAUGGCAGAUGGCCAACAAUACACUCAUGAUGAGUUCAUAGAGCUCUUAAUCUCAACCUUAGAUCAACAACUUAAGAGACUGUAUCAGCUAGGAGCACAAAAAAUGGUUUUUCACGGACUUGGUCCACUCGGUUGUAUUCCAUCACAAAGAGUUAAAUCCAAACGCGGCCAAUGUCUAAAGCAAGUUAAUGAAUGGAUUCAACAAUUCAACUCUAAAGUACAGAAGCUAAUCAUCAAACUAAACCGCGGUCUUCCAAAUGCAAAACUUGUCUUUGCAGACACCUAUCCUUUAGUUCUCGACUUAAUCGAUAAUCCAUCUACUUAUGGUUUUAAAGUUUCAAAUACAUCUUGUUGUAAUGUAGACACAAGCAUUGGAGGUUUAUGCUUACCAAACUCAAAGUUAUGCAAAAACCGCAAUGAAUAUGUAUUUUGGGAUGCAUUUCAUCCAUCAGAUGCAGCAAAUGCUAUUCUAGCAGAGAAAUUCUUCUCUAGUCUUUUCUCAUCAGCUCCAUCUGCAGCUCCUAGCCCUUCCCCCUAAUUUCUCAUACAUCAAUCAAUUUAAUAGCAAUACAAAGGAAUCAUCUGAAUACAUUUGGACACAGACAGUUUAGGAAUACCUGAAACUCAGUCACAUUUCAUUUUGUAACUAAUGCAGCAUGUCUGAAGCAUAACAAUAAUCUAUCAUGUUACUAUAGAGAUAAUGGCAUACUACUAAUUUCUAGUACUAAUACUACACUUAUUUUGUUUGUAAUUGAUGCUAGCAUGUCUUGUGUAUCAAAAAUCAUACAUGAUACUACAGCUAUAUGGCAAGUAAAAAUUCAAAUAUAA